UUGCAUUCUGUCUGCGCGGUAGUUUGCUUUCAUUUGUUUCCUUCACGAUCGGCGUAUGUGUCUAUCCCGCAGAAGUGUGGGUCUAGUGGGAGAAGAUGUCUCGAUUUUGGUGAGAGUUCUUCUGCCGUGUGCAGUGUGAUGCGGAUUCUGUCAGGGUGGGUUGAACUUUCGAUUAUUCUCUCUUGGGAAGACCAGGGUGCGUUAUGGCAGGAAGGCCGCAGGGCUGUGCUAGAUGACCGCGAGCAAGAUAGCUUCUCUUGCAGAAGCUGCAGUUUCUGAUUGUUCUACUCGAUGCAGGAGUGCAGUUUUAGAGGACGAGCUCACAUGGCUGAGAAAGCCUUGUGCUGUGUUCCGUUCCGGCACACCUAGCCGGGUGGAGCUGUGAUUCGUCGGUCUGCCAUCAGUGCAUUUUCAGUCUGGAGAGGGUAGUUUUGUCUUGAUUUCUUGUUUGGAGGAAUUCUCUCGGCACGGGCAAGGGCCCUCUCAAGUCGCUACACUACUUAACGGGUAAUCACCGCCGAAGUUUAGCCCAGUGGCUACAUUUCCGGCGGCCACUGGUUCUGUGACGAUGGCUGUGGAACUUUAAGAAGCAGAUAGAUUUCCAGUCAUGGGCGACUCAAAUGACGUCCUCGUCAACAAGCUUUCAAACGCUGGAGAGCACGACACUGCUGUAGCUGUGAAACUAUCGGCGGGUUGGGUCCUGACGGGAGAGUUCUGCGAGGUGUGCGCCACGCAGGUCAUCUGCAAUCGAAUGAAUCAGACUUAUUGUGUAGCUUGCUUUGAGUGGAGAAAGACUUCAUCGAAGAUCAUGGACUCGAAUGUCGAAAAUCAGAGUAAAAAAACUGAAACUGCUACAUCAGUUCCAGAUAACGAUGAUGCACUGUCGUCCAUCAAGUCCCUACCCAGUCGUAUGGGAAAUGUUGGAAUUAAACCGAAGGAUAUCCAGGUGUCGAGGUCUAACCUUGAAGUUUGCGUGAGGAGCCCUAGAGAGUCGGCAAGGCAGAAGUGCAUCCUGCAGCAGAAGUUCUUCUGCUCAGUUCCUCCCAUUGUAGAUGACGAAUCAGGUCCCAUAAAUGCUGCACUCUGGGAAGAGGGUUCUAAAAUCGAGAAGAACUUCAGGAUGAAUAAUUCUAGACAAGACUUAAAAUUCGAUGCUGAGAAGGGUUCUCCGCGAGCAGUGCUCGAGGGCCCAGAGUCAAGUGGGUGGUCGGAGUCUUCUUCAAGAAAAAGUCUCUUGAGUUUUUCUUUUACUGGUGAAGUUGGAACUGAUUACAGUGGAUUGGCACAACCAAGCCAGAAACAUUGCAUGCAAAGUCUCUGGAGAUCGUUUGCAACUAAAAAAUGGCAGUCUUUCCCUUCAUCGUAUCGGAAGAAAGAGCUGUCCAUCUCGGAUCCUGUGUUGAUGUCCCCGUCUGACAGGAAUGGUGAAGAGGGGCCACAAUCAGGACUUUCAGAUCAGGAGUGUGUAGAUGACUUGCUCAGUGUAUCUUAUAACGCCAAACGUUCCUGGCAGACAUUCUCAUACGAGGACAUUUCUCUUGCAACUAAUAAUUUCGACCCAGAGAAUUUAGUUGGCAAGGGUGGAUACGCGAAGGUUUUCAAAGGAGUGCUGAGAAAUGGUCAGUUGAUCGCUGUGAAGAAACACAGUCGAGGUGUCACAGCAGCAGAAAAGGAGAGGGAUUUUCUGAUCGAAUUAGGCAUCGUGAGCCACGUAUCCCAUACGAACGUAGCAAAACUCUUGGGUAUCUGCAUCGAAAAUGGUCUGCACCUUGUCUUCCAGUUCUCUACUCUUGGCAGUCUUCAGCCACUACUCCAUUCACCGAAUAACUCACCGCUUUCUUGGGAGGCAAGGAUCAAAGUAGCAGUAGGAGUAGCGAAAGGUCUAUAUUAUCUACAUGAACAGUGUCAAAGGCGGAUCAUUCACCGUGACAUCAAGGCCUCAAACAUAUUACUGGAUUCUUGUUUUGAGCCUCAGAUAUCAGAUUUUGGCUUGUCAAAAUGGCUUCCAGACAGAUGGACUCAUCACACAGUUUCACCUAUAGAAGGAACUUUUGGGUAUUUAGCACCCGAAUACUUCAUGCAUGGGAUUGUGGAUGAGAAGACGGACGUUUUUUCUUACGGAGUGUUGCUCUUAGAGCUGAUAACAGGCCGCCGACCUGUUGAUUCUGAUAAACAGAACCUCGUUAUAUGGGCAAAGCCUCAUCUAAACAAAGGCGACGUCGACGAACUCGCUGAUCCACGGUUGGAUGGUUCCUUCGAUGCUGUCCAAAUGCGGCGUAUGGUAUUGACAGCAGCCCUGUGUGUCCGACCGUCAGCUCCAUGGCGUCCAUCCAUGAGCCAGGUUGUGCAAUUAUUGUCGGAAGACGGAGCAGAAAAGAAAUCUGAGCACCUGACCAGAUUGGUUUCAAGAUCCCAUGAUUUUGCAUGCUCUGACACCGAGUCACAGGAAGAUUACGGCUACACAGACGAUUACGAGAGUGACAUGCAACGGCAUCGUGCUCUUGCAUUAGAGUUCGAGUGAGAAUUGAACAAUACCAUUCUAAGCUUCUAUCACUUCAAUUCUGCACCCAAGGACAAUGGUGAAAGUACUCGCACGUUCCGCUUGAAAUGCAUUUGUUAAAGAGUCCUUCGAGCACUACUUUAACGAAGCAUAGGAGGUGGAGACCUUGUUAUGUCCAAGGCCCUAAAUUUUCAGUCCAUUAACCAUCCUCUGCCCCUGAACAUGACAAUGAAGUUGCAUGUUUUAUUAGGCCUUCUGUACAACAGGUAAAGAAUGUACAUCUAGAGGACGCGAAGUGCGAAGGCCUGUGCUUUUUACUGCGUUACAGAAGGAAGAUAAUUUCUUUUUGUGGGUGUACCAAGAGAAAGGUUCAAUUGUAAAUUGAACUAGUGACAAUGUACUUAAGCUUGGAGUGGAAGUUCCGGUUUAGAGUAGUGGUCGUGAAAUCAACCGUAGGAUCAGCCGAUUACUUUCAAGUACAAGCCCUAACAAUGGAAAUAUUCAUAUCAAUCUAGCAAUUUGGUCGGAAGUAGGUCGAAUAUGCAUAUUUUUCUGUUUGCAUGCUCUAAAUAUGCUGGCAAGCUAUAUGAAAGCGUCCUGCAAGCUGAGUAGCACGGUUUGUAAAUUGUUUUGUAUGAAGAUAUUUUUUGUACGCUGAGUGUCACUAUCA